CUCUCUCUCUCUCUCUCUCUCUCUCUCUCCCUCAUCCAAAUCUCAAUCACGUAUGAUUGCGUAGGGAGACUCGGUCUCAUUCAGUCUCCGUUCGCGAGCGCGCGCGUCUGGGAGCUCUAACGGGAGCGCGGCUGUUUUCUCCGAGAUGCCGCUGAUGCUGAUGCUGAUGCUGCCGUCCUCUUUCUCUUCUCUCCUCCGCGGAUCGCAGGAUUACUGAGGGAAGUGAUGGGCCGCCCGUAGUGCACGCGCUGGACGAGACGGGGGUGGGGGGGCUGCAUCGCCUUUUUUAAUAUAUACUUCUUUUUAUAAAAGUCAAUAAGGCGUGUUUAUAUCAAACUCACAUCAGGAUGAGGAGGAUGAAGAUGUAGGGUCUCGCGGGGAACACGUAUCACCUGGAAAACACCUGACGCGCGAGACGAGGCGCUCUUUCUUUCUCUCUCUCUCUUUCUCUCUCUCUUUCUCUCUCUCUAUCUCACUCUAUAUUUUACUACUAGCUGAGUAAAUAAAUACAUAAACAAACAAACGAAUACAAACAAACAGAGCGGGAUGACAUGGCUGCGAUCGCGAGCUCGCUGAUCCGCCAGAAGCGCCAGGCGCGCGAGUCCAACAGCGAGCGGCUCUCGGCUUCCAAGCGGCGCGCGAGCCCCAGCAAAGACCCGCGCUCCCUCUGCGAGCGCCACUUCCUGGGGGUCUUCAGCAAGGUCCGCUUCUGCAGCGGCAAGAAAAGACCUGUACGGCGGAGACCAGAUGCGCCCUCGAACCCUCCACAGGUGUCCCGUAAGGGCGUCAGGCUAGAGCCGCAGCUGAAAGGUAUCGUGACCCGGCUGUUCAGCCAGCAGGGCUUCUACCUGCAGAUGCAUCCGGAUGGGACCAUCGAUGGCAGCAAGGACGAGAACAGCGACUACACCCUUUUUAACCUCAUCCCAGUCGGACUAAGGGUCGUGGCCAUCCAGGGAGUAAAAGCUGGCUUCUACAUUGGCAUGAAUGGAGAAGGAUUCCUCUACAGCUCGGAGAUGUUCACUCCGGAGUGUAAAUUCAAGGAGUCUGUGUUUGAGAACUAUUAUGUCAUCUACUCGUCCAUCAUGUAUCGACAGCAGGAGUCGGGCCGGGCCUGGUUUCUGGGCCUUACUAAAGACGGCCAGGUCAUGAAGGGCAACCGGGUGAAGAAAACCAAGCCCUCCUCACACUUUCUACCCAGACCCAUUGAAGUCUGCAUGUACAGGGAGCCUUCGCUGCACGAGAUCGAAGAGAAGCAACGCUCCAGGAAAAGCUCAGGAACUCCCACCAUGAACGGAGGCAAAGCGGUUAACCAGAACUCCACAUAGCAGGGCCGGAACACACAUAUACACACACAUAUACACACACACCAACACACACACAUACACACACCCUGCCCAAGCCCUAACACCUCGAACCACGGAAACCACGAAAGCCACAGAAACCCAGACCCACGCGCUCUACCAGGACGACAAACGGCUGUUCAAACUGUCAGAAGAACUCGGAGGGAAUCAGUGCAAGCAAACAUAUAUUCUCAACCAGGACUCGAACUCACAUUUUAUGCAAAAAAAAAAAGAAAAGAAAUUAAACAAAAAACACAAAAAGAAACAAAAAAAA